AUGUGGAGACGAACCUACCUAUUGUUACUGCUGAUCCGUGUUUACUUCGCGCUGUCCCCCAGCUAUUUACAUCCUGAUGAGCAUUUCCAGGGCCCUGAGGUCUUUGCUGGUCGCAUCUUUGGAUACCCUUCAAAUCUCCCUUGGGAAUUUACCACCGAUCUCCCUAUUCGGAGCGUCUUCCCACUAUGGCCAAUCUACGAUGUACCCAUGAGCCUGCUGAAAUGGUUUUACAUGGAGAUCGGAUCGGGCAACCCUCCACCACAACUGGUUUACUAUGCGCUGCGGGGUGCCAUGUUCCUACUGAGCUUUGUGCUGGAGGAUUGGGCUAUCUAUGAGUUGGUGCCCUCCCCGCGGCACCGGCGCGCAGCAGUUGUCCUGGUGGCCUCGUCCUAUGUCACCUGGACGUAUCAGACGCACACUUUCUCCAACUCUCUAGAGACCCUGUUAGUGACCUGGGGGCUGGUUUUGAUUCGUCGCAUUGUUGAGAACAAGCACACAUCUUUCUUCUCAUACGCUGUCCUCUCGUUCAUCGCCGUGGUUGGUGUUUUUAACCGCAUCACGUUCCCUGCUUUCCUUCUGUUCCCGGGCCUACAAUUACUGCCCUACUUCCAGCGCAAGCCAAUCUCCUUGGUGGUCAUUAUUGGCUUUGGACUUCUCUUCACCUCGAUAGGUAUCUUCAUCGAUACAUCCUUCUACCGACCAACGGCCUCGCUCUUGGAAAUUGUGCGCCAUCCAAUUAUCACUCCUCUUAAUAAUAUUCUUUACAACUCCGACUCUUCGAACCUGGCACUACAUGGCCUCCACCCGCACCACCAACACUUCUUCGCCAACCUCUUCCAGCUGCUAGGACCCGCAUACAUCGCCAUGAUACUGUCUCUAUUCAGCUGGCCGAUCGUGCCACCAUGGAUGCGGAAUACGCGCGCUCUCUCAGCCCUUUCAGCAACAGUCCUGCUCUCCAUCUUUCCUCACCAGGAGCCCCGCUUCCUGAUCCCCUGCGUACCUCUCCUUCUCAGCUGUGUCCGCAUGCACCGCUCACGGAUAUUCCUCGCAACAUGGAUCAUCUUCAAUGCAAUUAUGGGCUUCUUAAUGGGCGUCUACCACCAGGGCGGCAUCGUCCCAGUCCAACUUGCCAUGCGGUCCAUCGUCGAAACCAACACCGCAGCCCAGGGCAUCAAAUCCCACCCAGACGCUACUGUCUUCUGGUGGAAGACCUACUCCCCACCACACUGGCUCCUCGGUCGUCAGCAGGGAAACCACACCGGUCAGAUCGACACCAUCGAUCUCAUGGGUAUCCCAGGUCUGGAGAUGAUCCAGCAGUUGGAAACAUCUGUGCCUAGCUGCCCUCAUUCCUCCCCAGUGUACCUGGUCGCUCCCACCUCCGCUACCUUUCUCGACGAAUACUCCUCUCCUUCUACACUGUUCUCCCCGCAUAUCCCCAACCUCCAACUCUACCGCCUGUGGUCAUACAGCAAACAUCUAAACCUAGACGAUCUCGACUUUGGCGAUGAUGGCGUCCUCAAUACCUUGAACAGAGUCAUCGGCCGUCGUGGUCUGGGCGUUUGGUCCGUCCGUCGAGCAUGCAAAUAA